CCCUCAAGGCUACAUGACGAGUGAAAACCUAUAAAAGGGUAAAUGAAGACGAGCCUGAAGUCCCUCUUUAAACAUGAGGGGUCUCCUGCUGUGCUGCUUUGUGGCUCUGGCCACAUGCCAAAGUCUUCGAUAUGAUCUCAGCCUGGAUCCAAAGAAAUCCUACGAAUACAGGUAUGAAGGGAUGGUGAAUUUUGGACUGGGAAAGCAGAACCUCGCCGAAUCUGGAGUGAAAAUAACAUGCAAGGUCAAGAUUACUGGUGCAUCAGAACAAACCUAUGUCCUUCAGGUGUCGGAUUUGGCUUUUGCUGAAUACAAUGGCUUCCCGGGUAAAAAUGGCUACGACGCCUCACCGGAACUCACCCGCCUCAUCGCUGCUCAGCUUGUGAAGCCCUUCAUGUUUGAAUAUGCAAACGGACACGUCGGCGACAUCCGGGCCUCUCCUGAGGUCUCCACCACCAUCGUUAACAUCGUGAGAGGGAUCCUCGAGUUCUUCCAAGUAACUGUAAAGACCACGCAAAGGUUUUAUGACCUUGAGGAGAUUGGAAUCCACGGCAAGUGUCAGAGCCACUACACCAUUGAGGAGAACUUGGAAGCAAAGAACGUGACCAUCAGUCAGGUUGUGGAUGUCACAAACUGCAGGGAGAAGGCAGAAAUGUACAAAGGAAUGGCGACUUCUGUGGUGGACAACAUUUCCAAACAGAGAGGAAAGUCUGUCUAUUCAACUGUGAGAAAUGUGUACACCAUCACACCAUCGACUGAGGGAGGACUCCUCACCAAAGCAGAGACUCGGGAACGGCAGCAUUUCACACCCUUUAAUGUCAAGGGAGGAGCUUUCAAGAUGCAAGCGAUGAAAGAGCUGGUUCUGCUCGGUGUGUACGACACAGCAUCAACCCCCACAUUUGGACCAAUGGAAAGCAAGGGCAACAUCAUUUUCAAGUUUGCUAACAUACACUCUAAUUUCCCAAUUCUCAUGCAGAACCUCGAAGAGCCCAUUCCAAAGAUUACUAAACUCAUCAAGAGGCUGGCUGCUGCGAACAGUUACCAGGUGGACAGCGCAACGACCGAAGAUUGCAUCAAGUUGUAUCAGCUUAUGAAAGUUGUGCCGUUUGAGGGGUUGAAUAGUCUGUGGAAGGAAUUUGAGGGAGAUCAUGAGCAGAGGCGCUGGUUCUUGGAUGUGACUGUAGAAAUCGGUGAUGCCAGAGCUUUCAACUUCCUGAAAAGCCGGUUCCAGGCAGGAGAUCUGACUCCUACUGAGGCCUGGCAAACUUUCCUGAUGGCUGUUGAACAUCUCGAGGCAACUGCAGAGCUGGUAGAAAUCACGAAAGAGUUUCUGAGGAUACCAUACAGCAAAUCUGACACAAACUUGUGGCACACUGUGGUUCUUUCCUAUGGAUCUGUGGUCUAUAAGCACUGUGCAUAUCACACACCUUGUCCAGUUUCUGCAGUUCAGCCUCUGCUGGACAUGGCCACAGAGGCUCUGAAGAGCGGCAAAAAGGAAGACAUGAUCCUGAUUCUGAAAGCUCUGGGGAAUGCAGGUCAUCCCGGCAGCAUUAAAACCAUCAUGCGCUUCCUCCCUGGAGUGGCUGCCACCCCCAAGGAUCUGCCCCCUGCAGUUCAGAGUGCAGCUGUGCAGGCUAUGAGACUCAUAGCUGCCAGGGACCCUCACAGUGUUCAAGACAUCACCAUGAGUCUGUUCCUGCAAAAGGACCUUCCUAGUGAGAUUCGCAUGCUGGCUUUUGUUAUCCUCUUCGACGCCAAGCCAUCGAUGGCGGCUGUGUCAACAGUAACCGAACAUCUUCUGGAUGAGAAAGACCUUCAUGUUGCCAGUCUGGCAUACUCAUACCUGGAAGGUUUUGCCAGAUCCACUACUCCAGACAACCACUUCCUCUCCACUGCUGCAAACAUAGCCGUGAAAAUCUUGGCUCCUAAAUUUGGCCGCCUCAGCUACUACUACAGCAAAGCAAAGCACAUGGACUGGUUUGAUGACAACUUCCUUAUUGGCACUGCCACAGAAAUGUACAUGAUAAGAAAUGCAGCAUACAUGUUCCCCUCUGAAGUCAUGAUGAAAGGGAAGCUGCAUGUAAUUGGUAGAAUUGUAGAGCUCCUGGAGCUGGGUAUGCGUCUCGAAGGAAUUAAGGAGCUGUUUGGUGCUGGCAUCCCCGGAUUCAAAGGAGAUUACAGUUUCAGCGACUUUCAGGCCAUCUUCAAAGUGCUUGAAAAUUGGGAGAGUUUGCCAAACGACGAUCCGCUCUUUACAGCCUAUUCCCGUGCUUCUGGACAAGAGUGGUUCUACGCGGACAUCAGUAAAGAUUUGAUCAGGAGCAUUGUGAUGGCUCUGAAUCCGUCUGCAUGGAGAGGAAGCCCCCUGUGGACUGCCAUGGAGAGUUUAAAGAGUGGAGCAUCAUGGCACUACACACGAGCUUUCUUGAUCCUAGAUGCUCGUUACUUCCAACCAUCCACCCUUGGUCUUCCAGUGGAGAUUAGCAAAUACUAUAAUUCUGUCACUGUGAUCACUGCUAACGCUAAAGCUGUUGCAAAGCCGCCACCAACGCAACAUCUGCACCAACUUUUGAGUUCUGAAAUUGAACUGGAGACCGACGGUUUUGCUGGUGUCACAAAGAACUAUUGGGUGUUCUAUGGGGUCAACACUGAGCUGUUCCAAAGUGGAUCUGAAUUCCGCAACAAAGUUCCCAUCGGUCUUCCAUGGAAGUUCACAAUCAAAUUCAACAUUCCAGAGAGGAAAUUUGAAUUGGAGUUCCCUCCUUGCACCAAAGAGAUUCCACUUAUUUCAUUGAGAGCUGAUGUGUACGCCAUCUCGAGAAACAUUGCGGAACCAGAUAUGCCUAAGGAGACACCCAUCAUGCCACAUCCUACAGAAUCAAGCGUUGAGUCUCAAAAGCCUAUGAACACCAACUACUGGCAUCCGUCUUACAACAUGUGUGCUGAGAGCAAGAUCUAUGGCGUUGGCGUGUGCAUGGACUACGACCUGAGGAGGCAGUAUCAUCAUGAGGAGUUCCCAUUGUACUAUUUCUUAGGAUUCAGCCACAUGGAACUCAAAAUUGUUCCAGUUAACUCGACCAAAACUGUUGAAAAAAUCUACUUUGAGGUAAAUGCUGGCACCUUCAAACAUCCAAUAAACGCUCAACAGCUGCUCCAGACUUUGGCACAGCUUUCUAAGAAAGCAACACAGCAAGUGAGUCUGGGUUCAGAUUCUUCAUCAGCUGAAAGAGAAUCUCAUUCCCACCAGUUUGAGGGAAGGGACUCAACACCUGAAGCUCUGUGUAAUUUCAAAGCCCUGGCAAUGGAUGAGAACCAGAAGUACGAGGGUUAUGAUGCUGCAAUGUACUACACACCCGAGGCAAACGCUCACAGUGCCCAACUAAUUGUGUCCCAAGUUGGAGCAAACACCAACUGGAAGAUGUGCGUUGACACUAGUGUGGAUGCUCGUCCUGAGGCAAAGACACACCUUCGAUGGGGAGCUGAGUGCCAGUCCUAUGAAAUGUCAAUGAAAGCUGGAGCUUUCAAUCUGAGCAGUCCCAAACCAACAUUAAAGUCUAAAGUACAAUUCACCCGCAUCCCAGAGUACAUGGCAGAGAUGGGCAAAAGAGCGGAGCGCUACAUCCCUGGCAUGGCUUUGCUUCUCGGAUUCUACCAGGAAGAUGAGAGUUAUGCCAAAGAUGAAGUGUCUGCAUCCGUUACUGUUGCCUCAGAAGACAGCAUUGAUGUGAAUGUUACAUUCCCAGAGUACACCGUGUACCGCAAGGCGGUGCCACUUUCAGUCGGAUUUCAGAACAUGACAACAGCACAAUAAACAGCUUUGGACGAGCAUGAAGUUUUAAAGUCAACAAAGCCCAGAUGGACAUCUCUCCUUAAAGCUAAACAUCCAGAACAUUUAAAAACAAACAAACAAAAAUGUUUAUCCUCAGUGUUACAAAGAUCUGUAUAAGAUUAGAAUGUAGUGGUUUUAAAAUGAUGUUCACACACAAACAUGAACCUUUACUUAUGAACAUGUCAAGUGUUUAUUAGGUGUAACUGUAUGUCAAUACGUAGUUUUAUUUUACUGCGUUUACCACAACUCUUGAUUAAAAAAAGGCAAACAAA